AGUUGCCUUCUUUGGCCUCAGGAGUAGAUCUGGGUGGUGCAUAGCUGAUCUUCAUGGCCCAAGGGCCCUGGCAGUGCCUGGGUCUGAAGCUCCUCCUCCCAAGGCGGCCACUGUCCUGGCCUCACCCCUGCUUCGGGUGGGGCUUCCUCCAGGUCUUGCAUCUCUUAGUUCCUCAGAGAAGAGUCCAGAGAGUCAGACUUGUGGUGACCCUGCAGCUUCAGCUCGACAUGCUGCCGCUGCUGCUGCUGCUCUGGGGGAUGAAGGAGGUAGAGGGUGGGCCUGAGGCCAUAAAGGGUUACAGCCUGGAUGUGAAAAGGGAGGUGGUGGUGCAAGAGGGCCUGUGUAUCUUUGUACCCUGUGAGUUCUCCUACUCUGCCUACCCCAAGGGGAAAUGGAAUGACUCAGACCCAGCUCAUGGAUACUGGUUCCGGGACGGAGCCAAUACUGGGCAGGAUUCCCCAGUGGCCACAAAUAACAAAAGUCGGCCAGCACAGACUAGGACCCAGGGCCGAUUCUUCCUGCUCGGAGAACCACUGAAGAACAACUGCUCCCUGGAAAUCAGAGAGACCAGGAAGGAUGACGCGGGGUCAUACUUCUUUCGCCUGGAGAGAGGAAGAGAGGGGUUUAAUUAUGUUCGGAACAAGAUGACUCUGCAAGUGACAGACCUCACUAAAUCCCCCAAAAUCCUUAUCCCGGGGACCCUGAAGGCUGGCCGUCCCAGCAACCUGACCUGCUCUGUGCCUUGGGCCUGUGGGUCCCCCGCCUUCUCCUGGACUGGUUCCUCUGUGCCACCCUUGAGCACCAACACCGCUGGUUCCUCCGUGCUGACUGUCACCCCCCAGCCCUGGGACCAUGGCACCAGCCUCACUUGUCAGGUGACCCUGCCUGGAGCUGGUGUGACCACAAGAAAGACCAUCCGUCUCAACGUGUCAUAUGCUCCAAAGAAUCUGACUGUGACCAUCUCUCAAGGAGCUGACUCAGAAUUCAUAACCCCAGAGAACGGCUCCUCUCUUCCCGUCUCUGAGGGCCAGUCUCUACGCCUCCUCUGCAGCACCGACAGCAAUCCCCCUGCAAACCUGAGCUGGACCCUGGAUAACCUGAGUCUGUGCCCCUCGAAGCUGUCCAAACCUGGGUCCCUGGAGCUGUUUUUGGUACAUCUCAAGCAUGAAGGAGUGUACACCUGCCAAGCUCAGCAUGCCCUGGGCUCCCAACACUUUUCCCUGAGCCUGCAUCUACAGCGCGGUACAACUUUGUCUGAAGCGACGAUGGGGGCCUUCGCGGGUGCCGGCGCCACAGUCCUCCUCUGCCUGCUUUGCUGCGUCCUCCUCCUGGCGGUGAGAUCCUGUAGGAGGAGACCAGCCAGAUCAGCUGCAGAACCUCCAGAUCCAAAUGCCCUCAAGGGCUCGAUUUCUCAGAGUCCCCUGGUCGAACCCCAGGCAGACAACAGCUCUGAACCCCUGCCUUCCGCAGCUGAGACGCCAUCCUCGGCCACAGAGGAAGAGGUACAUUAUGCAUCCCUCAGCUUUCAUGAGAUGAAGCCCAGGAGUCCACAGGGGCAGCAGGACACCGCCACUGAGUACUCAGAGAUAAAGUUCCACAAGUGACCUGCAUGGCUGUGGCCAUGACUGGAGGAGCAUGGCUACCACAGGGUGAAAGAGACUCCGGAUCCUGCCUGGCUCCGGAGAAGGAUAGAGUCCACUAGAUCGAUGUGCACAGGACUUCAGAGCCAUUCCUCUAUCACACCAAAGUUCUGCUGCUGCUCACGCCCUGCACGCCUUGUCCACUGACUCCCAGGCUCUGACAACCACGGUUGUGCCCAGGAAACCAAAGCUUGACUUUAUUUUGAUUGUUUGUGUGUGGAUGUUUUGCCUGCUUGUAUGUCUGUGCACCACCUAUAUGCCUUGUGCCUGCAGAGGUCAUCAGAUCUCCUGGAACGGGAGUCACAGAGGU